UUUGUGGUUCCCUGCAGACCACGGGGCGCCCCUGGGGCGGGUCUCGGACUACAAGUCCCGUGACGCCCCGGGGCGCGGCGCGCCUGCGUGCUGAGGCCGCGGGAACGCGCGGCGGCGCUGGCGGCGGAGGAAUAAAGAUGGCGGCGCGGGCGUCUCCGCCUUCUGCCCCCGGCUGACGCGCUCCUGGGGAGGCGGCGGCGGCAGCGCGAGCGGCAGCGACCUGGUGGCGGUAGUGCAGCCGCGGCUGCCGAGCCCGAGCGAUGGCCGAGCUGGAGCACCUGGGCGGGAAGCGGGCCGAGUCGGCGCGUGUGCGGCGGGCGGAGCAGCUGCGGCGCUGGCGGGGCUCGCAGACCCAGCAGGAGCCCGCCGAGCGGCAGCCGCGCACCCGCCGCGGGGGCCCCCGGGUCCGCUUCGAGGACGGCGCGGUCUUCCUGGCCGCCUGCUCGAGCGGGGACACCGACGAGGUGAAGAGGCUUCUGGCCAGAGGAGCCGACAUCAACACGACCAACGUGGACGGCUUGACAGCGCUGCACCAGGCCUGUAUUGAUGAAAAUUUUGACAUGGUGAAGUUCCUGGUGGAGAACAAAGCGGACGUGAACCAGCGGGACAACGAAGGCUGGACGCCCCUCCACGCGGCGGCCUCCUGCGGCUACCUCAACAUCGCAGAAUACUUCCUCAGCCAUGGCGCCAGCGUGGCCGUUGUGAACUGUGAAGGGGAAGUGCCCUCCGACCUCGCGGAAGAGCCUGCCAUGAAGGACCUGCUUCUGGAGCAAGUCAAGAAGCAAGGGGUCGACCUGGACCAGUCGCGGAGGGAAGAAGAGCAGUGCCUGCUGCAGGACGCGCGGCAGUGGCUCAACAGUGGGAGGAUACAGGACACUAGGCAGGCCCGCUCAGGGGCCACCGCGCUGCACGUGGCCGCUGCCAAGGGCUACUCUGAGGUCCUCAGACUGCUAAUUCAGGCUGGCUAUGAACUGGACGUCCAGGACCAUGACGGCUGGACCCCCCUCCAUGCUGCCGCACACUGGGGGGUGAAGGAGGCCUGCUCCAUCCUGGCCGAGGCGCUCUGCGACAUGGACGUCAGGAACAAACUGGGCCAGACGCCGUUUGACGUGGCUGACGAGGGCGUCGUGGAGCAUCUGGAGAAGCUGCAGAAGAAGCAGAGCGUGCUUCGAAGUGAAAAAGAGACACGAAACAAGCUCAUCGAGUCAGACCUGGACAGCAGGCUGCCCAGCGGAUUCUUCCAGAACAAAGAGAAGCUGCUGUAUGAGGAGGAGACGCCCAAGGCCCACGAAGCGGAGGAAGGAAGCAAGGAGUCCAGCAGCUCCAGCUCCGAGGAGGAGGGUGAAGACGAAGCGUCUGAGUCCGAGGCUGAGAAGGAGGCGGAUAAAAAGCCAGAAGCCAUUGUCAACCAUUCCAGCUCCGAAAGCAAGAGGUGCCUCCCGGAGCAGAUAGCAGGGCGGGCUCAGAAUACCUUCCCAUCUGGGAGACUCUCCAGCGUCUGUAACAAGCCGGAGGAGACUGCGGACGAGUCCCCUUCUUCAUGGAGACUGAGCCUCAGGAAGACUGGCAGCCAGAGCGUGCUGAGUGAGGGGACUCCCAGGAGCUGGGGCGCCUCCCUGCCCCGCUCGUCGUCCAGCCCCCGGGUCUCGGCGCUGGGGGACAACAGAGAGAAGGACAGAGAAAACAAAAGCUGUUUUACUUCACUGACGUCCCGGAGGCUGAGCGGUACGAGUGACACUGAGGAGAAGGAGAACAGGGGAUCAGCUGUUAACCUGGUGAGGAGCGGUUCCUACACGCGGCAGCUGAGGGGGGACGAAGCCAAGGGGAGUGAGACGCCACAGACGGCUGCUCCUUCCACCUACGUGUCAACCUAUCUGAAGAGUGCUUCCUUUGGUAGAAGUAGUGGCCCCACCCACCCCUACAUUUCAGCCAAUCGCAAUGCAUCUCCUGCCACCUCACCCAUUACCAUUGGUUCAUCCACCUGUCGGGGCAGCAAGUGGCCACCUGCCUCUUCUUGUCCUGCACCGGUCAGUGCGGGGCCCGCAUCUGUGCAGCAUGGCAGGACUCCUUACAAGUCCCAGGCCGACUCCACAGCGGAGAGAACAGCAGACAGCUCCUGUCCCAGCACCCCUCUGUGUGUGAUCACCAACCGCCCCCCGCCCAGCACUGCCAAUGGGGUCACAGCCGCCACUCAGCUGUCCAGUGCUGGGCUGGACUCAUCCGUGGAAGGCAGGGAGAGACGGAGGUCGUAUCUGACUCCUGUCCGGGACGAGGAGGCAGAGUCUUUACGGAAGGCACGCUCCAGACAAGCUCGGCAGACCCGGAGGUCGACGCAAGGUGUCACCCUAACAGACCUGCAGGAAGUGGAGAAGACUUUCAGCCGGUCGCGGGCCGAGCGACAAGCCCAGGAGCAGCCGGGCCAGAAGCCUGUGGGCCCUGGAGGCCUGGAGGGGCGUGCCGAGAAGCAGGAGCCCUGCCCAGCGCCCGCCAAGGAGGCCGAGGAGGGCCGCCAGCCCUGGGGCCGCAGUCUGGAUGAGGAGCCUGUGCAUCGUCACCUGAGGUGUCCAGCUCAGCCAGACAAACCCACGACACCAGUGUCCCCUUCCGCACCAAGACCCUCUGUCUCUGCCAGCUCCCACCUGCUGCAGCCGAGCAGAUCACCAGCCCCCGAUACUGAGACCUCGGAGGCGAAGGAAAUGGACAGAAACGAGGGUGAGGAAGCCGACGUGGGUGACCCGUCUUCCAGCAGGCUAUCGGUCCGUGAGCGGAGGCGGCCCAGGGAGCGCCGCAGGGGCACGGGCAUCAACUUCUGGACAAAGGAUGAAGAUGAAGCUGAUGGAUCUGGAGAGGUGAAAGAAGCACUGCACGAAAGGCUUUCUAGGUUGGACUCGGCAGGCAGUAACCCUGUGACCAGCGAGUCCUACAGUGACCGGGCGUCCGCGAGAGCACGGCGGGAGGCCCGCCUGGCCAUCCUGACCAGCCGCGCAGAAGAGGACACCAGCAGGGAUUAUAAAAACCUCUACGAGAGUGCACUGACCGAAAACCAAAAACUGAAAACAAAGCUGCAGGAGGCCCAGCAAGAGCUGGCAGACGUGAAGUCCAGGCUUGACAAGAUGGCCCAGAGACAAGAGAAGACGCCUGACAGGUCCUCAGUGCUGGAGGUGGAGAAGCGGGAGAGGCGUGCCUUGGAGCGGAAGAUGUCGGAGAUGGAGGAAGAGAUGAAGAACCUCCACCAGCUAAAACAGAUCCAAACCUUGAAGCAGAUGAACGAGCAGCUGCAGGCCGAGAACAGGGCCCUGGCCCGAGUCGUGGCCAGGCUCUCGGCGUCCAUGGAGGCCUCGGAGACACAGGAGCUCUAGCCUCUGCCCCCCCCCUUCCUGCUCCACUCCAGGUGUUAACGGAACUGAAAUCCGACAACCAGAGGCUGAAAGAUGAAAACGGCGCCCUCAUCAGGGUCAUCAGCAAACUGUCCAAAUAGGCCGGGCUGCGGACUCAGGAGGCCCGGACGGCGCUGCCGCCCUAUCCCAGCGGGAAGGAGAGACUGUGUGCUGGGAGGACACUUGUCCCCGAGCCUCCCGCAGUCGCCUCCCGCAUGCCCACGCCAAGUCCAGGACAGUUUCACGGAAGCCUGCCUGUGACCGUUUGCACCACGUGGAGAAGCUGCCUGUCCACGCUGGACGGAGUCCAGACACGUAAGGCCUCGACCCAAACCACAGCCUUUGUGCCGGGGUCCUCCCAUGUAGGUGAGUCUAGCGGCGGCCACUGCAGGCCCGUCUGGGACGUCACACAGACGGCAGGGCAUGGGAAGCACUGUUUCUGGUAGAUUCCACGGCUACGUGAGUGCAUGGAGGUCUCCGCCAUCCUCACCUCUCAGGAACCGGCUUUUCCUGACUCCCCUCUGCCUGCCUCAGGUGACCUUGGGUGUCCUUUCAUUCUCUGUCCCCUGUCCCCCCUGCACUGUGCGGCCCGCUGAACACGCAGAACAGAACAGCUGGCCCCCGCGGUCUGGCCGUCAGGGAACACAGUUUCUGCCGGGACGCCCUGCACUAGAGGAGCUGCGUUGGUGACAGUGCCCCCAGCCCCUCCCUGAAAGGCCAGACCAUGGUGGCCGAGCUGGCCCUGCAGACACUGUCACCUCACCCUUGUGACCCUUCCUCUUAGCUCUGCUCCUGGUCUUCAAGAGAAAUGACGUCUUCACAAGGCGGGGGAAGGGGGCGCAGCUUGAUAAGUGAGGGACUCGGGAGUGGAGGCUGAGGGAAAGGUGUGCGAGCAUCUGUGGACACUUGCAGCCUCAUGCCAGAGAGGACAGAAGGUGACAGCCCGUCGUGCGAUGAGGUGGUGACUGUCUCUGGUGUGUAGACUUAGGGGACAGGCGUUAGUUUCUUAGCUGCCACAGGAGAAAGGGCUUCCGCAUGGAGGUCUAUGGUGUGGUGACAGCCCGGGGUCAUUGGGUCCCGCCUCCCACUGUUGUGUCCCAUGGACCCCCACCGCCACAGCUCCCACCCACGCUCAGGCAGCCUUGGUGGCCGUCCUUUGUGUCUCAGAAGCUGGGCGGCUCUAUUGAUCAGAAGUUUUUCCUGAUACAAAUUGCGGUCCGCGGUGGGCGCUCGUUUCAGUGCUUCCCUUAGGGUGACCGCUCUUCAGACAUGGGCCUGGUGACCGCCCCUUGGUCUGGCUUCCAGCCCACGCUCUCCUGGUCCUUUAAGCCAUUCUGCGCGUGGCAUGCGUUUCAUGCUUGUCACAUCUGGGCCGUCUUCCUCUGGACAAAAGCCACCUUUUGCACAUGCCCAGGCCUGGACAGCUCUCCCCAGGGUCCAGCACAGAAUUCGUCCGCUCGUUCUUGAUGGUGACCCGGUAUUAGUACUUGAAGUAUUUGCUUUUAUGGGCCUUUUAGCCCUUGGCUGGUUUCUUGUAAGUGUGCAGGUCACUGAAACCCUCCUCCCUCGGGGGCUGGUGGCACUCAGUACUUAGUGUGGUCCCCCACUUGGCACUUCCUUCCAGAAAAUGUCCGUAUCGUUAUCCAUGGCCCUCUGAAACAUCACGUGCUGUCAAACCAGAAGCUGUCACUCAAGACCCCAGUUCCGGAAAAGGAGAUAAGUCUCCUCUGGCAAAACCCGCUUUCAGAGCGUAGGAGACCCCCUCUCCCGUCUCCGACCGUUUUGACUGUUUUGCGAGAGAAGCCCUCCUGGUGGGGGCUGUCCUGGGCACCCGGCAGCUCAGUUCUCAGGGAACAGGUCGUGUCCUCCAUUCGGGAAGAGGCCUCUGCUGACCGACUCUGCUGGCAUGUCCUGGAUCCUGGGGGAGGGACAGGAGGCUGCCGCCUCUUUCUCAGGAAAAGAAAAUUGAGUUGUUAGGAAAACUGCUUGCCCCUCCCCUGUGUGCUGCACUGGGGCUCCUCAGACCUGCUUGUGCCUUUCCAAACGCGGGACGGGUUCUCAAACCUCUCCUCUCCUGGCUCCUCCCUCGUAAAGAUGCCUUUUCUUGCCAGAAAGUUUUCCUUGUGAUGAAAAAGUUACUUGCUUUUCAGUCUCAGGAAUACUGGAUUCUGUGGCCAAGACCUGGGAGAGGGCAGGCCCUCCUGGGGGAGUUGAGGCCCCUGGUCACCACACAUGGGCUCUGGACUCCGCUGUCCUUCCAGAGACUAACGCCGUGUCCUCAGCUCCGUCGUCGGGGGUCGCAGCCCCAGCCCUCACCCACUGUUCGGACAUGCGGCAGCCCGGGCAGCUCAGGCCAGGCCAAGGGCGUGGGCUCAGCUGUCACUUUAGCCUUUGCAUGAACUAUCGGGAUAGGAGCAGGUUCUCGGCUCAGCUUCUCCUCUCUGUCUGCAUUAACUUGGGAUUUUCCAAAACCCAGCCGCACCCUCGGAGGUGUGCCUGGCCCGGUGCAGCCUCUGGCUGGACUUGUGCUGCCCCGCCCGUCAGUCUGUCUCCCAAGGGCUCCCCCUUUCUCAGACCGCUCGGGCGUGGUGACCCGGCCCAGCCCCGUGUCUAGUGCCAACCUGGGUGUUGCUGGUAAAGAGUGUACAGAGCAGCCAAGCCCUGGGCUCGUGGCCGACCCUCAGCGGGGCCGCCACCGCCUCCUCUGUGACUGCAGGAUGCGUCUGCUUCUCUUUGGGGACCCCCACCCCUCGCCCACCUCCCGAGAUACACUGAUUGCUCUGAGGCCCCUGGUGAGGGAGGUGUCGCAUCUCUGUCCGGGGCCAUUCCACCCGCCUCCCCUGGCCUAAAUGAGACGUGUGCUGGCUGGACCCUCCCACUCAGGAAGCAAGGAGGCGGAAACCCCACUUACCAGCCUGUGGGUCCCACAAGUGUGUGGGACCAGGGGCUUUACUGAGCCACAGCUGAGCGAAGAGCAGACUAAAGCCAGGCGCCCGCUUCAGAGCCUGACUUUUGGCAGCGUCGCCUGUCCAGGCCUGUGGCGCUCGUGAGGUGGCACGCAGGGAGCGAGCUUUCCAGCGUGGCCAGGCUGCUCGCUCCUCCGAGGGGGAUGCCCAGGGGGCUUGGCAAGCAGGCCGGUGGGAGGUGGGUCCUGGUCCCACGCCCUGGGGGGGCCACGGUUCCCGGAGCUUAACUGUGCUGCCGUGUCCACCCGUCUGACCACAUCAGGCCCCCGUUUAUGCCAGCGCCACCCUCAACUCGGGGCACACAGCUGUCAGUCAUGGUCAUGACCUCAGCCUGGGGCUCCGCCGCCGAGCACUGUCAGUCAGGAGGGUCCAUGCCGCUUACGAUGGCCCUUCCUGGAGCAGGCGUGCGGAGGGCACCGGCGACCCAAGAGGAGUUUGCAAAGUCUAGGUGCACAGGAUUCGAAAGAACAGGACAGCAGGAGACAGGGGCCCUGCACACGGGAGGGUCAGAGCAGCAGGGGGGCGCGUGGGAGCCGGUCAUGAACCUCCCCGAUGGGGACCGGCCUGCCCCAGGGGGGCAGCCGUCAAGGAUGGUAUUGACCGCCUGUGUGCUGCUUAGUGGGAAAGUAGAGCAGCUCCGUUGCAGCCCGGGACCUGUCAUUGUCAUAGCUGCUGGGGAACGGGGGUCUCUCGGGCUGAGACAGCCAGCCAGCAAGUGCGUGAGAAGGAAGACGUGUGCACGUCCCUUUGAGAGCUGUGGCCGAGGGUCAAAACCAAGCCUGGGUGUGGAUGUCCAUCCUGGGGGAGAGUGUCAGUGACAAGCGGGCCCACUCAGAACAGUCUGGCCUCACUCACCCUGAGGGCUUUGGCGACGGUGCUGCCUGUGGCACGUGGGCAUGUUUGCUGACUGACCGGGAGCUUUGGAGAGCGAGUCUGGGUGUCCUUGCGCCCCGCCCUGCCUCCCCCUCCCCCAGGGACUUCUCUGAGCCACAUCCCGUCCAUUGGUGUCCCGUUCCUGAUGGUGAGCCCGCCAGAGCGGACGUCCUGCUUUUCCUCCCCGGCUCCCGCCAGUGCUUCCAGUAAAUGCGUGUUUGGUGGCCCUUUGAGGUGGCGUCAGGAUGCUCUCGUGUCCCCGCAGUAACAUGCCUGCCACUCGCGUACCCCCACACCCUUUACCCCUUGCUCUCCUCACUCGGAGCUGGUGGUGCUUUCGGGAGGGUUUUCCACGAACCAGCCAAGGCCAGAGCUGCUCGGCGGGGUGACAGCUGGCAGAGCCCAGGCCCCCGUAGCCUGGCCGGGGCUGUGGGCAGCGUGUCUGGUUUGCUCGGGCUUCGUCCCGAGAGGUGGAGACAGUGGUUCUCGCAGAAGAAACCUGACCGGUGCGGUCGUGUAUCUAACAGCGGAGCCUGGGAGGCUUGCUGACGGUGCCGCGAACAUCUGGGGCGAGAGCAGGUCCUGGAUGCAGCACGAGCUGCCACCACUCACUGCCCUCACCUACGCACCCGGGCCUUGCCUUUGCUCUCCCACACGCCCACCCGAAACCUGGGGCAGAUCGCAGCCUGGCCCCUGGGGAGCCGAGGCCAAGUAACAGGCUGAGGAGGGAAACGGGGGGGCCUCCCGGGACAGCAGCCCCUCCGGCCAGCAGCCCUGAGCCCGCCACCCGGCUGGCACCAAGUCGGGCCACUGUGUCCCUGAAGAGGGAGGAAGCGUGUCACCCUGCGUCCCCGUCUUGGAGAACAGUGGCUCUGGACUCAGGCUUUCUGGUUUCCCUCCCUUCCUGUCGGGGUGCGAAGGGUUCUGAGAACCAUGUGGCCUCCUUCUGAGAACCUCCGUGCCUCUCCCACCGGAGGGGAGCGUCGGGUGUCUCUUCGCCGCCCGCUUCACCCUCACCUCCCACCCCCCACCGCAGCCCGUUGUAAAUACACCCAGGAUGGGGUGGGGACUGCUUUGUGAACUGAAUGUACUUUUAUGCAACUUUGAGUGGCCUUUCAACCCUGAGAUGCAUUUGUUUUACUGGUUGUUGUUAUAUAGUAUUAUUAAGUAUUGUGUUUGAAAGUUUGGGAAUGGUAACAUUCACAUUCUGUGAUGCCUGUAUCACAACAGUAUUUAUAAGUCAGUAAAUAAAACUGUGUUUUAACUUUG